AUGGCAGAACAUGCCUUAAAUCGUGGUUCUGACAUCAAGCUUCCAUGUUUCAGCGACUCGACACUUCUAUUCCUUGGAUCGCUUUUGGUCUCCAAGGAUGUGAAAUCGCUGAUCGAAGUCCGUUCUGACGUUACGCAACUCCUCAGAUCUGAAUCCAUCUCCGUUCUCCUUUCUAUCUCCGACAAAACCGUUCACGAGAAGCUUCUCGUCCUUGAAUUUUUCGUCCGUGCUUUCGCACUCGUUGGUGAUCAUGAGAGUUGCUUGGCCUUGAGGUACGAGGCUUUAGUUAUGAGAGAAACGAAGUCCUCCAAAUAUCAAUGGCUUCGAGUUACGCCUUUGGAAUGGUUGCGCUUUGUGGAGGAUGCGCUGAAUAAUGGUUUUCAUUCUGUUGCAGAGAAGGCAUGUGAAAAUGCAUUGUCAUAUCACGGGAAUAAUGAUGUUCUAAAGCCUGGACCAGACGCAUUUACUGAAAAUCUGAAUGCCAUUAGCGAGAUUACAAGGCUCAGAAACCGUGCAAUGACAUUGGUAGCUUCACGAUCUGUUCAGGUGCAAGCAGAAGAGUACCUUAGAAGGAAAACAAGCGAGCAGAAAAUGUCAGGUUUAUCCUACAAAGAAGAAAGAUGUCCGGCAAGCACUGCGUUCAGAAAUGGAAUUAAAAGACAGAAUUUGCGAAGGUUGUACCAACACCAAAGUCUUCUGAAGAUCAAUGAUGAAUUAGAUGGAUCACAUCUAAAUUUGAGGUUGGUCAUAGCAAACAAAACAUGUUGAAAAUAGAUGAUACUAACCACAUUGGGGACUGAAAUCCAUAUGCACAAGCCAUUGAAAUUGAAUUUCAGGACAGUUGUGCUUCUCACAUAUCAAGUAAAUUUUCUGUCUCUAUGUUGCCUCAUUUGUCAAACUGCACUUCCAAUUCCU